CGCUCGCGCGGCCUUGACAACAACACACACAAAAAAAAAAUGGCCAGCGGUAUCGGGAAACACAAGAUACUCAGUGUGGGGCCGACUGAGCCCUGGUCUGUGAGGGAGAAACUUUGCCUGGCCUCCUCUGUUAUGAGGAGUGGUGACCAAAAUUGGGUGUCCGUUAGCAGAGCCAUCAAGCCUUUUUCUGAGCCCGGACGUCCACCUGACUGGUUCUCACAGAAGCACUGCGCCUCUCAAUACUCUGAGCUACUGGAAGCCACAGAAGCCCCAAAGCGGAAGCGCGGUGAGAAGGGGGAGGUGGUAGAGACCAUUGAGGAUGUGAUCGUUCGAAGACUGACUGCCGAGAGGAUAGAGGAGCUAAAGAAACUCCUGCGAGACACGCAAGAGAAGUAUAGGAAGUUAAAGAAAGAGGUGGAUCUGAUUCAGAUGGGUCACAUGGACCCCCAGCUGAAGGAGCUUUGGGCAGAUAUCUUACAGAAGAAGAAGCAGGAUGAGGAGGAAGUGGAACAGAAGAGGAAAACCACAGAAGCAGCUUACCAGGCUCGCCAGGCAGUGAAGAACACUCCGAAGCGGCUCCCGAGUGUCACAGUGCGUUCCCCGAUGGGGGCCAGUCCCCCUGGCCUGGACCUGCAGGCUGACUCCUCUGUGUCCACACCACCCAUGGACACAGGUGGCACCACUUCAGACGACGCCAGCUCCCACCCCGUCGCCCAGGGAGUCGGGGUGUUCCUGCCCGCCGCAGACGCUCCGGGCCUGGGGCCUAAAGACGGAAGCCUGGCUGCUCUGGUGGAUGACUCCCCGCAGAAAAGGCUCCUCACCCAGAAGGCCACGCCACCGCCCUCGCCUCUUUUGUCCGAGUUGCUGAAAAAGGGAAGCCUCAUCUCUGCCAGCCCCCGACUGGUGGCGGAGGGCGACUCGACUACAAGCCUCACCAACGGUGUUCAGAUCGCCACUGUUGCAGCUGCCAUGCCGACAAGUCAAGACGUCGCCAUAGAGGUCGAAGCAGAAGCUGGCGUGAAGGUGGAGCUGAGUGAGGAAACAGGAUUGGUGGAGGAAGACCUGGUGGCUGUGUCUUACAUGGGCGAUGAGCUGGACCUGGAGACUGUAGGAGACAUAAUUGCGAUCAUCGAAGAAAAGGUGGAUGACUCCGUGGAGGCCUUAGAUGCAGCGGCUGUGGAAGCAGCCCUCUCGCUUUGUGAGGAGGGGGUCUCGGAGGGACACUCCCUGCCGGGCCCCUGGGAUUCCCAAGAGCUGAAGACAUCAGAACUGCCUGCACCCACAGCCCAAGAUCUGGACCCGGUGCCAGAGACUCAGGACGUGGCUGUGACGACAGUCCCUACUCCCGCAGACCCGGACACCCCAAACCAACCAGUGAUUAAGAAGGAAGAACAGCUCAAGGGGAUUUGCGAUGGUCCAGAGGCAGCGGGCAGUGACAUCACUUCCUCUGUCGCCUCUGACGAGGGCACGGCAGGAAGCGAAGUCACCGAGGAGGGGGUGGCAGGGAAGGAAGGAGCUGAGGGAACGGUGAAGAGCGAGGGGGAGGAUUGGAGCCAGUCGGAACCCAAUCUGCCCUGUCUAGACUCCGAGGACAGCUUUGUGUCAGGAAAAGAAUCCAAGGAGGUGAAGGAGGAGGAGCCAGGGAGUGAGGGUGACCCAGAAGAAGGAAUGGAGCUGAAGGAAGAGUGUGGAGAGGGAGAGGGGGAGGGUUCCUAUUUGUCGGAGGUGGAGCGGGCAGCCAGUGAGAGUGAAGAUGGCUAUGGCCCUGCCUCCCAGCGCUACACCACAGCCGAUUCACUGGCCAGCAGCCCCGCCUCUUCCUCUCAGUUGUCCACAUGUGGUGAGGACCAAGAGGCUGUGCAGGCCCAGAAGAUCUGGAAGAAAGCCAUCAUGCUGGUGUGGAGAGCCGCAGCCAAUCACAGGUAUGCCAGCGUCUUCCUGCAGCCUGUAUCGGACGACAUUGCCCCCGGUUACCACAGCAUUGUGCACAGGCCCAUGGACCUGUCCGCCAUCAAGAAGAACAUCGAGUCGGGUGUAAUCCGCACCACGGCCGAAUUCCAGCGCGACAUCAUGCUAAUGUUCCAGAAUGCUGUCAUGUACAACUCCUCGGACCACGACGUCUACCACAUGGCACUGGAGAUGCAGCGGGAUGUGCUGGAGCAUGUGCAGCAGUUCUUGGCCACCCAGCUCAUCAUGCAAACCUCGGAGAGUGCCAUCUCCACCAAAAGCCUCCGUGGCAGGGAGGGGGGCCGCAAACCGGGCGAACCAGCUGAGAAGGAUGGCGGCACCAGGGGCCGCCGCAGCGCGAUGGAAGCAGACCUUAAGAUGAAGAAGUAAGACGUGGGCCUUGGCGGCGCGAGACGCCGAGCACAAGACAAAGUGCGGCGUCAGGAUUUGUGGAGCGGAUCGCCUGCUGGCCGCUAUGGUUUGUUUUCUGGUUGGGGACGGUUGUGCCGUGCGCCGGCACGUGCUAUGUAUGUUUCUGUGCACGGGUUCACACGGGCACCCCUGUUUUUCACGUGGGCGUAUGCUCACACGGGUUUCCGCAGGUCCGUUUGAGAGGGUCUCGAGCCUACUUUUCGUCCGUUUUCAUCCGUGUGCGCCACCAUUGCAUUUCACUCGGGGCAGAACAAGUCAGCACGCCAUUAAGCUUUAUUUUUGUCGUCAUUUCUCUCUGAGUUGGAGAGCGAGUGAGAGACUAUAACAUGCAGGGCCGAGUCAUCAGUCAAGAGAGUUAUAAAUCAGACAUUACCAUGUUAAGGUUUCCUUCAUUUUGAGAAAGAUCCCAUUCGUAGGUUUAAGAACACACUCCUGCCGUUUCCAGGAUCACGUACUGGGCCCAGUACUGGUCUGAGUUAGGUUUCUGGUAUCACAUACUGGGCCGAGUUAGGAGUGUCUGAGAAUUUCCUUAACACGACCUGAUGCCACAGGCCAUGCAUAAUGAUUCAGAAAUUAACGACUGCUCUUGAACUAGUACCAUCGAUGCAUCCUGUUUUUUCUUUUGUCAUGCAGGAUGCAGACUAGCCAGAAUAAGUUAUAUUUGUGUAGUGAGUGUUAGAUUGAAGUGCAAAACAAGUUUUGUACCAUGUGCUAAGUUUUUUUUUCUGUUUGGUACAUGUAUCAGCUGAUCUGUUGUACAUUUGUUUAAUAAAAGAUAAUUAUUGAUCCUGUCGGGUUUGCCCUUCAGUCUUCUGAGUUGGAUGUCUCGAAUCACCGGCCAAUUUCCUGAAGGAUCAGUAAACCUCAGAUCACUGCCAGGUCUUGCCGUUCUUUCGGCACGACCGACAUUUAAUAAGGUUUGCCUCCAGUUGUCUUUAAGUGCUACAGCGGUUUCUUGACAAAUAAGCAGAUCUGCAUGCAAGAUUUCCUGCCCGGGGCCUAGGUAGAAGCACUCAAGACCCCACAAUACCAAGUAUGGUAUACAAACUCAACUGCCAAUAUUCAAAGUGAGAGAUCCAUCCAUCCAUUUUCCAAACCACUUACCCUGCUCUCAGGGUCACGGGGACGCUGGAGCCUAUCCCAGCAGUCUCUAGGCGGCAGGCGGGGAGACACCCUGGACAGGCCACCUGACUAUCACACACAUUCAUACCUAGGGACAAUUGAGUAUGGCCGAUUCACCUGAUCUAUAUGUCCUUUGGACUGUGGGAGGAAACCCACGCAGACACGGGGAGAACAUGCAAACUCCACACAGAGGACAACGCCCUAAGGUUGGACUACUCCGGGGCUCGAACCCAGGAUGUUCUUACUGCGAGGCGACCGCGCUAACCACUGAGCCACCGUACCGCGCGAGUGAGUAAAUUAUUCAAACUAGAGAUGCAAGCACAGUCCCAACAAAUUAAUUUUAUGCAAAACUUUUAUUCACCGUUAUAAAUAACAAUCGCAGCAUCGUUUAGGUAGAGAAGACCCGCUCACUCUAUUCCCAGUAGUUUUUCCUUAUCUUCCACGUUCAACAAUGGAUUUUUGUGCAAAAUGCUGUGGUCACGUUCAUUAGUGUUUAGGGAAACUUUUGGCGUCAACAUUGUGCAAAAAAAAAAAAAAGGCUUUUACCAAAGUUGCAGUCAUACAAAAAAUAAAUAUAUAAAUAUAAACAGUUUUGCAGUGCAUGUCAGAUGAAUCCUGAUAUA